AUGGACAUGUCGCUGCCCUCGCCACCGGCUGUGAGCGCCUUGCGUGAAUCAUUUGGUGAUCGUAAACCACCUGAUAUCACUCGCAAAAUCACUGCAUGCGUGGCAUGUCGAAAACAAAAAGUCAAAUGUCAUAUGAGAGAAGGCCAGGCGCCAUGUUCCCGAUGCAAGAAAAGAGGACUGCCUUGUACAGUGAACAGAAGUUUGCAGACCCUACUUGAAGAAGAUGUGACAUGGAAAGAUGCCAUGGUUCACAAGAUCCGGCGACUUGAAAAGGCCAUCUCGCAAAUUGCGAAUAAGGUGGAUAUUCCAGAAUUACAGUCACAUCCCGAUGACCAGAUGGACUUGAGUCCUCCUGUAAACCUGGCCCACGCAGAACCUGCGACUCUUAGUCCGGAAUCUCAAGUGCAGACUCAGUUUCAGGCUCAAGUGCAGACUCAACCCCCACCGAAGGAUGAUCGCGAGCUUCCUCGAACUUGGGAGGUUGUGAUGGAUCCACGGGGAGGCCCAGCCUCCAUUCCAGCAUCAUGUGUCUCAGACGGUGCGAGGAGAACAUUGCCAAAUGGCUUACCCUCGCGUCGACCAGAUCUGAUAUCCACAGGAUUAAUCACACUACGCCAAGCACUUGCCUUAUUUGAAGAGUAUCAUCUACGAUUAGACCAUUUUCUAUAUCGAAUAUUGGGUGACCACAUCAGUCUGGACUCAGUCCGAGUGGCAUCACCCUUAUUAACAGCAGCAGUCUGUACAGUGGGAGCUCUUCACUCACAGUCAUGGGGUCAUCUUUUCGACGUCUGUUACAAUGAAUAUAAGGGCUUGGUUGCGACACAGAUGUUCUCUAGAACCCCAAAUGAAGAUGAUAUCAGAGGUCUAUGUGUGGGCGCUUUUUGGCUGCACGAGUUAUCCUGGGCCUUGAUUGGAAAUGCUGUACGAGUUGCAUCGGAUAUAAAUCUCCAUAGUGGGAUAUAUAAGGCCCUGAAAGGUGACCGAGAGGGCUAUCUUCAGGCUCGACUCUAUUACCUUGUCUAUGUCUGUGACCACCACUUCUCAAUCGCAUACGGCCGACCCCCAAUGUCGCGAGAAGGUUUCAUCAUUAAAUCUGCGAGCCGACUAUUAGAAACAGAGCAUGCAACAGAAGAUGAUGCCCGGCUCAUCAGCCAAGUACAAGAAUGGUCUGUGCUGGGCCAGGUUUUCGACACUUUCGGGGUCGAUGUAGACACGGCGAUUCCAUCCGAAACAAUGCCCCAGCUACGUCGAUACGCGAUCGCUCUGGAUACUUGGUUGGCAGAUUGGAACGAGAGCUUCCGGGAAAAUCGCAACGUGGGAAACUAUCCACAAAAGGGUGUGGGAUUUCAUUUCCACUUCGCCAAGCUCUAUCUCUGCUCUCAUGCAUUUCGCGGUGUACCCGCAGUCGAAAACGCGACGCAUUGUUUCUCGCCUGAACUGGAAGAGAUCGCCAACGCGGGUGUACUCUCAGCCAUGUCCAUUCUCCGUGUGAUUGUCUCAGAUGCGGAAUUCCGAUCAUUUAUGAACGGUCUGCCACUGUACUUUGACACGAUGCUUGCCUUCGCAGUCAUCUUCCUGCUCAAAGUUGCGACAAAGUAUGCAACUGUUAUUCGCAUCGACACAGCCAAAAUACUUUCUUUGGUUACUCAAACUGUAGCGGCUCUGCGCGAUAUUACUAAGACCAUGCACCGGCAACAUUUACUUGUUGUUAUUGCAGAAGGGCUGGAGCGAUUAUUGAGCAGGUGUCAAGUUCCUCCUACGAAUUCUCAAGAGAUGAUAUACCACGCUUCACCUGCGAUGGAACAACCUCAAUUUGAUAUGGCAUGGAUGGAGAAUAUGGCAAGCUUUGAUUUUCAAACUAAUUUUCCUGAUUUAGAUGAGUGGUGGCUACAUUAUAAUACUUCCAUGGGUCCUCCAGCGCGCUCUUGA